AUGGAAAUAUUAACAAAAUUAAAAGCUGAUGAACUUGAUGUACAAAAUGUACGGGGACAGGGUUAUGACAAUGGAGCUAACAUGUCAGGAAAAUACCAUGGCGUUCAGGCAGUCAUAUUAAAUAAAAACAAUUUAGCCACAUUCAUUCCAUGCGCUGCUCACUGCCUUAACUUAAGUGGCGUACAUGCAGCAUCACCUAAUGGUAAGGUACAAUUUUUUUUCGAUGUGAUUCAGAAAAUAUAUACGUUUUUUGUCAAAUCAACUACUCGAUGGAAAAUUUUAAUGGAUACAUUAAAAAUUUCAUUGAAAGGUCAUUCAGAUACCAGAUGGGCUUCAAAAGCACAAGCUGUUAAGGCCAUGAACUCCCAAAUAAAAGAAGUAUUUAAGGUAUUACAAAAUAUUUCUGACUCAGAAUUAAAUUUGGAAACAAAAUCAACAGCUAAAAAUUUACUUCAAUUGAUCAAUUUUGACUUUCUUUGCUUACUUAAUAUUUGGAAUCAAAUUUUAAGUAGUAUAGAUCGUGUUAAUCAAGCUUUACAAAACAAAAGCUUAUCGUUGGAAAAAAGCUUCCAAUUUGCUACUCGGGCUUAA